GUUCAGGCAUCCAUUCUUCGACCUUUGUUUCUGCGAUUUCGUCUUGUCCCAGCGACUCAAUUUUGGUUACACUGCUGCCUGAUGAAACCUGGUGACUGGCUGGCUCUCUACGUGGAGAACAGACAUGAGUGAUUUCCGUAUAUAUACUGACCUUGAUCCUUGAUCUUAAGUACCUACAUCCACACAGUCGCCAAUUCCACACCAUGUCUACCUCCCAGCCCCCGAAAUGCUAUCUUCUACGCAUUCCUCGUGAACUGCGUGACGCAAUCUACGCCUACUAUCUCAGUGACGAUGGAUACUAUCACCAACCCGAGUCGAAUACCUUGCGACAUGCUGAUAGAUCAGCCAUCGAUCUCGCGCUGACAUUGAGUUGCAAGCAGGUCGCGGCGGAGAUGAUAGCAUUGCCCUUGAAGCUGAAUGCUGUGGAAUUCAGAACGCACCUGGCACCUAUCGAGACAGCUGGUAUUGGAGAGCGGAAAUGGCUAUUUAGAAAACCUCCACCUCGGGAUCGUCACAGCGACGAUUACUCCGCGCCCCCUUCAAGGGCUGGGCAUUUUCACUUUCUGCUGGCACGCCUACACGACAAGGAGGCAGACGCUUGCGUAAUCGCUUUUAACGCAUAUGGUACUGAGGAACUCGCAAAAUGUAUCUCCGAACGAUUCCCCCAAAGCUGCCUGGGCAAGCAGCUUCAAAAACUACUACCAAAUAAGGUCACAGAAGCUUCUUACUAUGAAGUAAUGGACCGGUUUCGGAAUUCGACAUUCUACGAACGCCAAGCUAUGCAGUUUCUCCUUGAAAACAUAUCAGCUUUUGCUACUCAAGCCAAUAUUGUCAACGAGUCUAAUCACAAGAGUGAGAAUGAAUUCAAGCUCCCACUAGGACCUAUGAGCCGUCAUGCUUCUGAGGUUGUGGCUUCGAGAAUCUCAUCCGUGGAGUGGCCACCUUGGGUAAUGCCUACGGCGUUGCAUAUAUCAAAGUUGCACGAAAUCGUCAACUCUGUAGAUAAGAGCGACCCGGAGCACGGGUACUGUUCAAAUGCGCACAAGCUUAGGUACUACGAAUCAGCUGCCUCGCAAUGUAUCCGCUUUCUCGGAAUGUUAGAACAGGACGCGAGUUUCCGAUUGCGGCAUCUGAUUAUACGCGAAGACCGCAGAUCUUGCACAAAACCACGUUGCCAUGCGUAUGGUCUCAUUCCAUAUCUCAGGGGUCUGCCUCAUCUGCGCGUCGACCAUCACGUUGAUAUGUGGCAUGUCAUCUUUACGACAGAUUACAGUGGACUCGCCAGACUGGGCCUCGACUUGCGAUCCUGGCCAGACCCCCGGUUUAUCCCUUGGUUAUCCAACGCAGUAGAUGAGACCGCUACCUGGAUCAAGGAAGCGAUGCAUUUACGACGCGCCGGUAUGCCUCCUUCUGCCUACCGCCUUCAUCUCGAGGCACCGAUGGAGACCGUUUAGGAUGUCUGGGGUAUCAUCAAGUCGCGCGCAGCCCUUCACCACUUGAUCUCACACCUUCCUGUUCGUAAUAAAUACAGGUCCUUCCGUUGUGACGAUGACUUUGUGUCUUGUGUACGACUCAUUCUGUCUGGAGAUUCCACUGUACAUUUGCCGUGUCCUGUAGGCACUCUGGAAGAAUUUGAAGAAGAGAUUGGUCGUAUAAGCGAGGAUU